AUUUUGGCAAUUGUUUAAACUUUAUGUAUGAAAAUAUAAAAGUGAAUUAACACACAAUCCACAGAUGGCUCUUGCCAGAUUAUUUCCUGGACUGUCUACAGCAAGCAAGAUCUUUCUGAUCCCUCUCUGUCAAAAAAUAUGCAAUGCAACUGCUGUCUCAUACUUCAGUAGUGUGGAGAAUGCCUCCUGUGAAGAACCACUACAUCCAGAAGUAUUACAGAACUUGAACUGCCAGAUAAACGAAGAAUAUCAAGCAUUUUAUACAUACUUGUCAAUGGCAUGUUAUUUUGGCCGCAGUUCCAUUGAGCUUCCAGGAUGCAGAAAAUUUUUCCUAAAACAAGUGAGAGAGGAAGAAGAGCAUGCUACUUUGUUAAUUGAUUAUGCUAACUGCAGAGGAGGUAUUGUUGAGCUUCAAGAUAUUAGAGCUCCAAAAGUCAUUGACUGGUGCUCCCCACUGAAUGCAUUGCAGAAUGCUCUAGAGCUUGAGAUGUCAGUUACAAAGAAACUAAAGCAACUGCAUCAAGUUGGGGAUAAGCACAACGAUUACCAUCUCUGUGAUUUUAUUGAUGGAACAUUUUUGACCCAGCAGGUAAAAUCAGAACAUGAACUAAGAAAAUUGAUCACUGUAAUGAAACGCCUGGGAGACAGUGGCAUUGGGAUUCAUUUGUUUGAUUUGUACAAUUAUUGUAAAAAUGAUGCCUUUAAACUGGAUGAAGAUUAAAAAACUUUUAAUUCAAA